AAAAAAAAAAGGAAAACCCCCCUAUACAAAAAAAAAAAUUAGGGGGGGAAAAAGAAUUAAAAGAACCCAAAUCUGAAAUUUAAAAAAAAAAAAAUUCUUCAUUUCCCAUUUGUCUCCCAGAGAUAUAUUGCCAGAAAAUCUACCGUAUAGAUUUUUCAACAAAUUAAUUAGGUCUCGUAGUAAUAAGCAGAGAGGGGGAACAAUGAAAGUGCCAGAUUCGCCAAGUCCAGGAAAGAAGAAGAAGUCGUCUUUGAUGGAAAAUCUUCUGGGUUUGCUCAGAGUUCGCGUCAAGCGCGGCAUUAACCUCGCCGUUCGUGAUGUGCGUAGCAGCGAUCCUUACGUCGUUGUCAAGAUGGGCAAACAGAAAUUGAAGACUCGUGUAAUAAAAAAGGAUGUUAAUCCAGAAUGGCAUGAGGAUUUAACUCUAUAUAUUACAGAUCCUAAUGUUCCAGUGAAGCUGACUGUGUAUGAUCAUGAUACAUUUACCAAAGAUGACAAAAUGGGAGAUGCAGAAUUUGAAAUAAAUCCAUUCAUAGAAGCCUUAAGAUUGGAUUUGCCAGGGCUUCCAAAUGGAACAAUAAUCACAAGAGAACAACCUAGCAAACACAACUGUUUGGCUGAAGAAACUUUUAUAACUUACACUGAUGGAAAAGUGAUUCAAGAUAUGUGCCUUAGAUUAAAACACGUGGAAUGUGGUGAAGUUGAAAUCCAACUUCAAUGGAUUGAUCUUCCUGGUUCUAAGGGAUUAUAAAAAGCUAGUUCAAUUGUUUUUUCAAUCUCCUUUGAACUUUUAUCUGCUUGUUUGUGGGAUAUGAUGAGUGGUGGAGAUGGGUUCAAGAAUCCACCACCAUAGGUUUGAUUGAUGUGGUGGUGGGUUUGGUUUGCUAUUGUUUACAGAGCUGGUUCUUACAAGCUGAGCUUGUAUCGUGUAUUUUGUGCAGGCCUAGCUCAUUAUAUAGGAUUCUCAAAUUUUGGGUUCUUAUUCAUUUUCUUUGA